CAUUGUUCAUCAAUCGAGACAAGGGACUCCUACAUUCCAAGCAAUACAAAGGGAUCCUUUAUAAGUGUGAUUAUUAACGUGGUUAACCAAUACCAAAUACUACUCUACUGCAAAAGCCUCACGGUCAAUGACACAGUGGGGUUGAGGUUUCCAAGGAGGUCCUCGCUGGGCAACAAGGCACUCGAUCACAUAGAAAAUGAACUUACCCACAAGGCCAAUCUCAGACGGAAGUUGCUCGACUUUAAACUCCCCCUGUGUCUCAUGACUUGAGGAGGCAGAAGGAAGAACAAGUUUGCCCGAGAACUCAGUCAGUCGGCUCUUAGACCUCAAGCAAGAAAGCAGACCAAAAUAGGGGCGACGUGCAAGAGGUUUCAAUGAAAAGUUGCUCCAGAAGACGGGAACCUGUCGCUCUUGGACAAGUGUCGUGAGAAACAUCGAAUGCUACACUUCCUGCCAAUCAUUCACUUGAGCCAUAUCCUGGAAGAUCCUCGUUCUUUUGUGAAUUAUGCCAUAUGAGUGGAACUUCUGACGAUUGUCGAAACAUGGAGGACCAAACCGAACAACAACAGUCUUUAGUGAACGGAAACAGUGUUGCGAUCAGUGUGAAUGAUGCAAAACUUUCAAAUGGCCAAGCCAAAGAGAGCCCGAUGGCCAUCAAGAUCUCAAAUGCUUACAAACAUUACACAUGUGGUCAGAAGCGAACCCCUGUACUUCUGGGGUUGGACAUGGAAGUUAAAAAAGGCCAGAUAUAUGGACUUCUGGGUCCCUCUGGCUGUGGGAAGACAACCGUGUUAAAAUGUAUAGUUGGUAAACUGACCGUGGAAACGGGUUCGGUGCGGGUAUUCGGCGAGCCUCCGGGAUCUCCAGGCUCUGGCGUUCCUGGACCACGUGUCGGUUACAUGCCCCAAGAAUUGGCCAUUUUUCUUGAGUUCAAUAUCGAAGAAACGCUCACCUAUUUCCGGCGCAUUUUUGGCAUGACCCGUCAACAGUACGAGGAUCGCCUUGCAUUUCUCAUGAAGUUCCUGGAUUUGCCAUCAAAAACACGGUCCUUGAUCAACAUGAGUGGAGGCCAACAAAGACGGGCAUCCCUGGCCAUAGCACUUCUUCACGAGCCAGAGUUGCUCAUUCUGGACGAACCCACAGUCGGGGUGGAUCCCCUUCUGAGAAGUGCAAUUUGGAACCAUUUGACUGAGAUGACUGAUUGCUUUGGGAAGCAUUGCACCAUUGUGAUAACUACCCAUUACAUUGAAGAGGCUCGACAAGCCAAUCGUGUUGGAAUGAUGCGGUUCGGAAAACUCCUCGCGGAAGAUUCUCCCGAAGCCUUACUAUGCCGAUUCAGCAAGCCAAAUCUCGAGGACGUCUUCCUCGACCUCUGUCUCCAGGAUGGAGACCUUGAGACGGCCAAAGUCCGGGAAGAGCGCACUCAACGCCGACCCAUCUUGAAGUUCUCCAAGAAAAAGUCAGAGGCCAAGCCCAAGCCAACAGAUCUUGAGGACGGAGAGGGUUGCCAAGUGGUCCUGACCAACGGCCAGGGCAGCAGACCCAAGGAAAAAGUGUCUGCCACCAAUAGUGCGGCUAGUGCACGUUCCACGUCCUCCACAGUCGCGAAAUACAUUGGUCAAAAGAAGCCCAAUCUCACCUCGCAGAGAGUGACCGCAUGUAUGAUCAAGACCUUCAACCGGAUGAAGAAGCGCGUGGGUCUCCUUGUUUACCAGUUCAUUUUGCCCGCGCUGCAAGUGUCGUUGUUUUGUCUGGCUAUCGGCCAGGACCCGAAAGAAUUACCGGUGGCCAUUGUGAACUUGGAAAACCAGGGCCAGCCUUGCGCCGGUCAUCCCACUCAGUGUCCAUUUGAUAUGACCUUUGUGGGCCCUGAAGUCAAUGAACAUUUGCAGAAUUUGUCAUGUCGCUAUCUAAGCUUCAUGGACGCGUCCAUAGCCCGGCCUGUGUAUUAUGAGAGCUAUGAAGUCGCUCACGAGGCCGUGAAAAAUGGCGACGCUUGGGGCGUGAUCAGUAUGGGGCACAAUUUCUCGAGGAAUUUGUACGAUCGCAUUUUUGAAUCCGUUGCCAAUGAAGACUUGACCACCGUGAAUCUGGAGAAAUUUAAUGCUAGUCAAAUCCAGGUUCGGAUGGAUAUCACCAAUCAACACAUUGCAUUCACACUUCAGCUGAAGUUUGCCGAGGCAUUUCAACUAUUCAUGGAACAAUUGGUGACAUCUUGUAAGAUUGACAAGGCUGUGGCUAACAUUCCGCUCACCUUCCUUGAUCCAAUCUAUGGAACACCCGAGCUAACCUUUACGGAUUUCAUGGCGCCAGGCAUUAUUCUGACCAUCGUGCACAGUAUGGCAUUGGGAUACAGCGCCAUGAUUAUUAUACUGGAGCGCAACGAGGGAUUAUUGGACCGAACAUGGAUCGCGGGGGUCACUCCCGGUGAAUUUGCAUUGGCUCAUUUCUUGGUAUCGUUAGUGGUCAACUUCCUGCAAGUGGUGGUCACACUAACCUUCAUGAUCCUGGUGUUUCAGGUGCCAAAUGAAGGCUCUCUCUGGUUGGUGUUCCUGCUCACGAUGUUGCAAGGGGUGGCUGGAACCACCAUUGGCUUGAUCAUUUCGGCCGUGUGCAAGACUCAACAAGAUGCCACCCAAAUCGCUUUGGGCAUCUUUUACCCCAAUCUAAUUCUAAGUGGAAUCAUUUGGCCCGUGGAAAGCAUGCCCUUGGCUCUGAGGUACUUUGCUUACACUUUGCCUCAAACUUUUGCGUGUGAGGCGAUGCGUGGUAUCCUACUCCGAGGAUGGGGCAUGGCCUUCAUGCCCGUUUGGAGGGGUUUUGUAGUCACAUUGGCGUGGAUCAUUGGAACCUACGUCAUCUUUAAACGCUUGGUGACCAAGUGAUCCCAAUCCAAGCCUUCUUCAUCUCGUUCCACUGAAGUACAAUCGAAUCGCAAUCAAAGGCACACUUGGUAUUGUCAAAGAACUAGUUUCAAAACCUAAAUGUUGGAGCACAACUCAUGUUACAUCUUUGGGUAGUCUAGAGAAUAAAUUUACAAGUUUUUACUGUUUGAA